UCUUUUCUGCUUGUUCGAGCCUCCAGAAAGAGAGAGAGAGGCCGUCCUCCAUCCAUCCACUGGUUACACGUACCAACUGACUCGCCGUCCCUUCUUUCGUCUCUUUCCUCGCCCUUCUCGUCUCAAAUGUUGUAGUUGUGCUCAUGCAUCCUGGGUUUGUUCCUCAAGGUUUUCCAGCUCUCAGUCUGGAACCACACGAACUUGUAUUUCCACACCAAGGCCCAAAUGUGGCGCAUAGGCGAUUGGAACAAGGCUUCUGAAGAGAUGGAGGAUGAACGUGGAGAAGAGGUGUGUAGUAAUAUGGAACGGACAAUGGGCCACAGAUUCAAAGAAAAAGCAGGGGACGAAGCCAAAGUUGGAAAUGACAGCAGUGAGGAUGGAUGGUUGGUGGCUUUAGAACCAUCCAUAAGGAUCAGACUUGCACUUGGAGUGAGGUUACAUGGAAGAAAGUAAAGGUGUAUUUGGAAUGACUUAAAUCUUGUGCAACAUGAUUGGUUGGUGGUUUAGAAUCUGGAGCCUUUUGGGGCUCUUGAGCAAAGUGUUACCAUUGCCGUCCCAAAUCCGAAUUGGAGCCAUUUUCACUGAUGACCAAAAAGACUGUCCAGCUGAGCUGGCCUUUAAAUAUGCCAUCUACAAGAUCAACAAAGCCCACGAUGUUCUGCCCAAUAAUACUCUGGUGUAUGACAUCCAAUACGUACCAAAGGAAGACUCCUUCCGGACCACCAAGAAGGUCUGCAAUCAAGUGGAACAUGGCCUUUUGGCUUUGUUUGGGCCUUCGGACUUGCUCCUAGGUGGGCACAUACAGAGCAUUUGUGAUGCCCUUGACAUUCCCCAUUUGGAGGCCAGGAACGAUUUCGAAAACAACUUCAAAGAGUUCUCAUUAAACCUCCAUCCUUCGCAAGAAAUGAUGAACCAGGCCUACAAAGAUAUCAUGACUUAUCUGAAUUGGACCUCGGCUGCCAUCCUUUAUGAAGAUGAAUAUGGUCUCAUCCGUCUUCAGGAUCUGGUCCGAUCGCCACCUUCUCGGAACAUCGAGCUCUACAUUCGUCAGACUGUGCCUCGCAAUUACCGAGCUGUCUUAAGAGAGAUCAAGAAAAAGGGAAUCACGAAUAUCCUCGUGGAUACUGACCCUGUCAACAUGAAGUACUUCUUUCGGGUCAUUCUUCAGCUUCAAAUGAACAAUCCCAAUUAUCAUUACUCAUUCACGUCGUUUGAUGUAGAGACUUUCGAUCUCGAGGAUUUCAAGUACAACGAUGUUAACAUCACCGCGUUUAGAAUUGUGGAUUUGGACAAUCCACGGGUCAAGGAAGAGCUCUUUGAAAUGGAGGCCAUUUCCCCCAUUGGAACGGCCAUUCUGAAUCGAUCCCAAUCCAUUCUAACUGAGCCUGCCCUGAUUUAUGAUUCAGUUUACGUGUUCGCCAAAGGCUUGGAAAAGGCCCUUACCGAAGGCCCUGAGCUCUUCAUGACAACCCUCUCUUGUGAAGAGGAACUUCCGUGGAAUGGGGGAUCCACGUUGCUUAAGUAUAUCUCCUCUAUCGAGACCGAGGGUCUCACAGGGCCAAUUAGCUUCUCCGACAACAAGAGAUCCGAUUACAAGUUGGAUUUGCUGAAACUUCGUGAACAUAAGAUGGUAAAAGUAGGAGAAUGGAACCCAAGACAAGGAUUGAACAUCACUGAUCCAUAUGCCUUCACCCAAGGGCGCCCACCUAAUAUCACGUUGAGGGUCAUGACCAGAAUUGAGCAACCUUUUGUGACCUUCACUAAGAUAAAAGAUGGCGCUGAACCCAUCGGGAACGACAGAUUUGAGGGUUUUUGCGUGGAUCUCCUGGAACAUAUUGCAGAGCUUGUUGGGUUCAAUUAUGUUAUUGAGUUGAUUCCAGACAAUAAUUAUGGGGCUUUGGAUCUGUCAACCGGAGAAUGGAACGGAUUGGUUCGAGAGCUAAUGUACGAUAAUGCCGAUUUGGCCAUGGGUGCCAUGACCAUUAACUUUGCCCGUGAGGCUGUGAUUGAUUUCACUAAACCUUUCAUGAAUCUGGGCAUCUCUAUUUUGUACAAAAUCCCAAGCGGAAAACCUACCCGCCUCUUCUCUUUUAUGAAUCCCUUGGCUGUUGAAAUCUGGCUUUACGUUUUAGCUGCGUACAUGCUCGUGUCUUUCACUCUAUUCGUUAUGGCAAGAUUUUCACCUUACGAAUGGAACAAUCCACAUCCAUGCAUCACUGAAAACGAGGUGAAGGAAAACCAAUUUUCGGUAUCCAAUUCGUUCUGGUUCAUCACUGGAACCUUUUUGAGACAGGGGUCUGGCUUGAAUCCAAAAGCUGCUUCGACCAGGAUUGUGGGAGCGAUUUGGUGGUUCUUCACCUUGAUCAUAAUUUCUUCAUACACUGCUAAUUUGGCCGCUUUUCUCACAGUGGAACGUAUGAUUACUCCCAUUGAAAAUGAUGAAGAUUUAGCUAAGCAAAGUGAAAUUGCUUAUGGAACUUUGAGCGGUGGCUCCACCAUGACUUUCUUCAGGGAUUCUAAAAUUGAUGUCUAUAAAAAGAUGUGGAAUUUCAUGGAGAAUCAUCAGCCCUCAGUGUUUGUCACCAAUUAUGAUGAGGGCAUUAGUCGAGUGAAAAGAGGUGGGUAUGCCUUUCUCAUGGAAAGCACCAUGCUCGAUUAUGUCGUCCAAAGGGAUUGCAAUCUCACCCAAAUCGGGGGCUUGCUGGACUCCAAAGGCUAUGGAAUUGCUACUCCCAAGGGCUCCAAAUGGCGGGAUCACCUAUCACUGGCCAUCCUCGAACUUCAAGAGAAAGGAACCAUUCAAAUGCUUUACAACAAAUGGUGGAAAAACACCGGUGACGUGUGUACACGACAAGAUAAAAGCAAAGAUUCAAAGGCCAAUCCCUUGAGUGUGAAAAACAUUGGAGGAGUCUUUGUGGUCCUUCUAUGUGGCCUUUCUCUUGCCAUCGUGGUCGCAGUUUUGGAGUUCUGUUGGAACUCGCGAAAGAAUGCCCAAAGUGACCACCAAAGUUUAUGUUCAGAAAUGGCCGAGGAACUUCGCUUUGCCAUGAGAUGUCGGGGAGCCCGACAAAAGCCCGCUCUUCGAAGAAGUUGUUCCCGAUGCUCGCCUGAAAACACUUACGUCCCCUCGUCUUUGGAGUUUUCCAAGGCUCUCAAUGGAAGUGAGAAGACUGUUUAUUCCGGAGCUUUUGGCUUCAAUGACAUGAUUGCUCACGCUCAUGGCGAAGGCGAAUCUUUGACCAAUGGACAAGCUCAUCAUGACCAUAUCUAUGACUGAGUAUGAUAAAAUAUACAGGAUUUUUGUUUUCCUUUUUUUAAAGGUU